CUCCUCUCUCUCUCUCUCUCUCUCUCUCUCUCUCUCGUUUUGAAUUCGAUUCAUGAACUCGUCUAAUCGCGAAUUCGGGGUUUAUGAUUUUGAUUUUUGCUAAUUUUGUACUCGAAACUUGUGAUGGGAAAGAGAAAGAGAGCUAGGGUUUCCGAGCAGAAGCAAGCCGAAAAAGACGAACAGCCAAUGGACCAGUCUUCAAGUAAUGAGAAGACUCUCUACCAGGUUCUUGGUGUGGAGAGAAGCGCGUCUCAGCAGGAAAUUAAGAAGGCCUAUUACAAGUUGGCGUUGCGACUCCAUCCUGAUAAGAAUCCUGGUGAUGAGGAAGCUAAAGAGAAAUUUCAGCAAUUACAAAAAGUGAUCUCGAUUCUCGGGGAUGAGGAGAAACGAGCCCUGUAUGACCAGACUGGUUGCAUCGACGAUGAUGAUCUUGCUGGUGAUGUUGCUCAGAAUUUGCAUGAAUAUUUCCGAGCCAUGUAUAAGAAGGUCACUGAAGCUGACAUUGAAGAGUUUGAAGCAAACUAUAGGGGAUCUGAUUCUGAGAAGAAAGAUUUGAUUGAGCUCUACAGCAAGUACAAGGGAAAUAUGAACAGACUCUUCUGUUCAAUGCUUUGUUCAGAUCCGAAGCUUGAUUCACACCGCUUCAAGGACAUUCUUGAUGAGGCAAUUACUUCAGGAGAACUGAAAUCAACCAAAGCGUACACAAAAUGGGCAAAGAAAGUAUCUGAAACAAAACCUCCUACUAGUCCUUUAAAGCGGACGAGCAAGUCAAGUAAACAGCCGGAAGCCGAUCUGUAUGCCAUCAUAUCUCAGCGCAGGAAUGACAGGAAAGACCAGUUUGAGACUAUGUUCUCUAACCUAGUCUCUAAAUAUGGCGGGAGUAAUGAUGCUUCAGAACCCACAGAAGAAGAAUUUGAGGCUACACAGAAAAAGCUUGAAAGCAAAAGGUCCUCCAGAAAAUCAAAGCGCAACUAAAUUGUUGAUGAUGUGCUUAAAUUUUUGUCUUUCGAAACGCUAGUAUGUUUUGUCAGACAUGUUUGAAUGUUGUGGCUCAUGCAUGAGUUUUCCAUCAUGGUGUCCUUGCCUGGUGCUGUAGUUAAAAGUAUGCAAAUGGGAAAAACUUGCUGAAAGAAAUCUAUUCCCCCUCCUUUCCCUC